ACAAUGGUUGUGUGUUUAUGCGUCGUUGUGUCUGCUGUGAGUUGCUACAUAUAAUACUACAUAGUGACAUAGUACAUAUUAUUAAUUACGCUACACGUAAAUAUGGAUACUUGGUUUCGAACUGGAUCCUGUCGUAAGACGAAGCUGUCAAAUGAUGAAGGAACUACUAGUAGUGGAACUACUAGUAGUGAGAUUGUCGAUGUGUCAAGUUUGAAUAUAACAAAGAAAACUAAAAUAUAUUUUCGUAAGUAUGACCCUGACUUUUUAAAAUAGCCCAAACAUAAAAAACCAUGACUCCUCCUCGGAUACGGCGUCACACUGAUUUGUUUCUAAACGCUAUCCAACGAAUGUAUGAAAUUUUCAAAACUUGAAAGGCAUCUAUCAACUAAACAUCCUGAAUAUGUAGGAAAAUCUCUCGAUUUUUUUCAAAUCAAGAAAAAAAAUCUUUCUAUGACUAAAUCAGUCAUGGAAAAAUCUUCAAAACAAAACGUAACAAGUACCCAAGUUUCUUAUGAGCUUUCAUUGUUAAUCGCAAAGAAGGGGUCAGCUCACACCGUGGGAGAAGAACUUAUUAUUCCCGCAGCAAAAAUAAUAAGUAAUGUUUUGUUUGAUGAAAAAUGUACCAAAAAAAUUAAUGAAAUUCCGUUAUCGAAUACGACUGUGAAAAGAAGAAUUGAUGAAAUGUCAGAAAAUGUGAAAAUAGCUAUUAUUACUGUCUUAAAACAAAGUGAAUAUUUUUCGCUGCAACUGGAUGAAAGCACAGACGUUGCUGGCCAAGCUAAUUUAUUAGCUUUUGUUCGUUUUGAGUUGAAUGGUAAUAUUGAAGAAGAAAUGCUGUUUUGUCAGUCUUUGUCGACAAAAACAACUGGCGAAGAGAUUUUUAAAUCUGUUGAUAGCUUUAUAAAAGAAAACGAAGUAGAUUGGUCAAAGUGNCUAAAAUUGCACUGA